AUGGCUGCCAGAGACUUCCCGACCAUCAAGGCCGUGAGGUCCUUUGUCAUUGGCGGCGUUGGAUCAGGCGGCGAUUAUCACAAUGUCAAGGGUGGCCACUGGCUCAUCGACAGCGACAUCUCGACUCCCUGCUCGAGAUGGGACCAAUACAAGAAGUCCCGAACCAGCUGGGGCAUCAACGUCCUGGGAUCCUUCCUGGUAGAGAUUGAGUCGUCCGACGGCACGAUUGGCUUUGCCACGGGCUUUGGAGGCCCUCCCGCAUGCUGGCUCGUCCACCAGCACUUCGAGCGAUUCCUACUGGGCGCCGACCCCCGCAACACCAACCUGCUCUUCGAGCAGAUGUACCGGGCGUCCAUGUUCUACGGCCGCAAGGGUCUGGCCACGGCCGUCAUCUCCGUCAUCGACCUGGCUCUCUGGGAUCUCCUGGGCAAGAUCCGCAACGAGCCCGUCUACCGCCUCAUCGGCGGCGCCACCAAGGAGCGCCUCGACUUCUACUGCACCGGCCCCGAGCCCACAGCUGCCAAGUCCAUGGGCUUCUGGGGAGGCAAGGUGCCGCUGCCCUUCUGCCCGGAUGAUGGCCACGAGGGUCUCAGGAAGAACGUCGAGUUCCUGCGAAAGCACCGCGAGGCCGUUGGCCCCGACUUUCCUCUGAUGGUCGACUGCUACAUGAGCUUGAACGUGCCUUACACCAUUGAGAUUGUCAAGGCCACUCUCGACCUCAACAUCAACUGGUGGGAGGAGUGCUUGUCCCCGGAUGACACCGACGGUUUCGAGCAGAUUAAGCGCGCCCACCCUUCCGUCAAGUUCACGACUGGCGAGCACGAGUACUCCCGCUACGGUUUCCGCAAGCUCAUCGAGGGCCGCAACCUCGACAUUAUCCAACCCGACGUCAUGUGGCUCGGCGGUCUGACGGAGCUGCUCCGCGUGUCGGCCAUGGCCGCCGCCUACGAUAUCCCCGUUGUGCCCCAUGCCAGCGGCCCUUACAGCUACCACUUUGUCAUUUCGCAGCCCAACACCCCCUUCCAGGAGUACCUGGCCAACUCGCCCGAUGGCAAGAGUGUGCUCCCCGUCUUUGGCGACCUGUUCAUCGACGAGCCCAUCCCUACCAAGGGUUACCUGACCACGGCUGACCUCGACAAGCCUGGUUUCGGUCUGACCAUCAACCCGGCUGCCCGUGCUAAGCUGAUUCCCAGCGACUACCUGUUCAAGAUGCCUGCGGUGCCAACCCUGGCUCCCCCUAGCCCUCCCAACGAGAGCGAGGAGGCCCCCAAGGAGGUCGCCACUGCUACUUCCGAGUCCAACGGAGUGGUUGAGCAGCUGGCCGCCAAGGUCGAGAGCCUUACCACCACAGAAACCACCGCCUAA